AUGGAGAGCAUGCCGGAGGAGCGGCGGCCGAAGCUUUCUGACGCCGGAGGCGGCGAGGACCGUCUUAGUGCAUUGCACGACGACGCCCUCAUCCAGAUCCUCCUCAAGCUCCGUUGCCUCGCUACAGCCGCCCGGACCAGCGUCCUCUGCCGCCGUUGGCGCCACCUUUGGGCCCUCCUCCCGAAGCUGCACUUCUACAACGCGACAGACCCCCGCCGCAUACGCUCCGCCCUCGCCGCCCACGAGGCCCCGGCGCUCCAGGAGCUCGUCGUCGUCCAGCAGGACGCCUCUUUCGGGCCCACAGGGGCGUGGCUCCCCAUCGCCGCACGCCGCCUCUCCGGCUUACUGUUUUGCCACUAUCUGUCGCAGAGGGUCAGGGCUAGGAGAAGAGCUGCCUUGAAGCUGCCAUGCUUCGAGAGCGCCACCGGGAUCUCUAUGCGGUUAGGGUUCCUCCGCCUUACGCUGCCGCCUUCCGGCGUGUUCGCCCGACUCAGUCUUCUUCAUCUCUUUCAGCUCCGGCUGCACGGUAUGUGUGAGCUCGGUGCCAUUGUCUCCUCGCCGCGGUGCCCAUGCUUGGGUAGACUCGUCGUCGAUGACGUCCGGGGUGUGGGCGGCCUCGCAAUCCACUCGGAAUCUCUUGGACAAAUUGAGCUAUAUAAUCUGCCCGACUUGCAGCAGCUCACCAUCGUGGCGCCAUCACUCCAGCAGCUAAAAGUGCAGGAUUGCUUUGCUCCGGUUGCGCGGCAACCGGUUGCCAGCAUCUCAGCCCCACACCUGCUGCAGCUCGCAUGGAUAGAUGAUUAUGAUCAAAACUCCGUCAAGCUUGGCGAGAUGGCACACCUACAACGGCUUGACCUCCAACAAUUUAUCGUAUAUAGAAAGGACUACAUUAUUGCUUCGCACAACCGUAAUUGUGCGCUUCUUUUGCGGCGCUUUGAACGCCUACACAGUCUUGUUAUCACUCUUCAUUGCCCCCCGGACAUAGCUAACAAGAAAUACUUGAUGGAAGAUAUAACAAGGGUUCCUGAUGUUAAAUUAUUGGGAUUGGGCAUAACAGCAUGUGGACAUUCCUUUGGAGCCAGCUUAUUUCAUGUUCUGCGGAUGUGUACUGCAAUAAGAAGGCUGAAUCUUGGUCUUAUCGUCGCACCUGAACACGAGGCAGAAACUGUGUGCCCAUCAGGUUGUAUAUGUGAUCAGCCGCCAAGCUGGAAAACCAGGGAACUCGUGUUGAAUUGCCUCGAAGAAGUAGAAAUAUUUGACUUGAAAGGAAGUGAGCAUGAAAUCAGUGUUGUGAAUCGUCUAUUCAGUUGGGCACCGGUGCUAAAAAGGAUGACAGUAAAUUUCCAUUACUCGGUCACGGAAAACAAAGCUGAAGAGCUCUGCCAAGUGUUACUAACCUUUUCCAGGCCGGAAAUAUGUAUGAUUUGUAGGAUGCCCAACAUGUCGGAGAAAGUUUUGCAUGCUUAA